GGUAAGAGUGUAUCUGAUAAGUUUGCUGCAUGGGUCCAUAGCGUAAAGCUUAGGGCGGUAUAAUUUUCUGGAAUUAUACUCGAAGUUGUAAUUUUUGAAGAUUUAGAUUCUUGCAGAUUUAGAGACAGCUCAAUAACUGCUGAUAUAGGCAAUCGAUGUAGACAACAGGUGAAAUCUAUGAAGCCAAAAUAGGCUUUCAUCAACUAACUAAUUUUAAGUACUUUUCAGCCAAUAGACGAGUUGUAUGCAGGAACACAAUACUAAGUUAAAGAAGUCAAUGUUGCUUCAAUUGGUUCACCUUCAAAAAGUGCUUCUUCUGUUGUAUGGUUUACCGUGAAAUCUGUACAAAAUCAAUCGUAGAUAGAAUCGUUGAGUGCUAUAUCACUUUCGUGCGGAUAAUAUACUCGACGAACUGGAUUAUCACAUAAGAUACAGUUUGUGUAUACACAUUAUUUCAAGGCAAAUUCAAACAAUUUUCAGAAAAUCGCUCCGUUUCUUCCUGGGACAUUAUUUUUACUGUCAUUUAUCAGUUACAUUAUUUGAAUGAAAUAUUUCCGAAAACGUCCUAAAAUUACUGAAGCCUCAUUUUCAAAAGCAAAACUACUUGUUGAAUCAACCUAUACUGAACGGUUUUAACAAACUGUCAAAAUUUUCUACAGGGUGGGUCACAAAGUUGUAUCAUUGCGAGCAGAGCGGUCAGAUCUAAUGAUUAGUAUAGCAAAAUUUUGACCUAGACAAAAUAAACGAGAGAUACUUGUCGAAAGUUUUUUUGUAGACAAAAUGAUCUAACUGCAAAUGUCAGUUUGUCUUUGUUUACUUUUUUCGCGAUUUGCCGAAUUGAUUUUAUAUUUACCGCCUUGUUCUUUGCAAAACUUUCAAGUUAAAACCACAAGCAUGGGAAACAUUCAAGAAAUUUCAGUAAUUGCCGUAAUAAUCGACUCUCGGCUCUUUUGUAGUGAGUCUAGCGAAUUGGUAAUCCAACACACAACAUACCGAUGAACGCUUUAUGUGGGUAUCCACUAUCUGGCAACGCUGAUAGUGCAUGGAAAGCAAAACAAAUAUUUUCCUCCCUCGGCCCACCCACUUCAAAAGAGUGCUAUAAUAGGAAGUUAUAACGUAACGACAUAGGUCGUAAAGAAGCGUCGCCUACAUACAAAUGCUUUGUGGUUGCAGGUUCUUAUCGCGCCUUCUUUCGACAUCAGUAUUAGUUACACCACCUUCGAAUGAAGAACAUUCCGUAACUGCAGCCUAAUAGUUUGAUAGGCUCCUGUCCGAGGCUUUGUAGUGCGUACCUAAUUUCAUAAGUGAUUAAUUCAAUUUUGUUACUAUUAUCACCGCCAACCGUAAGCAAUGAGCAAUCGUCCGUUUACCGCACAACUUCCACGGAAACCAGAAUUCGGCGAUGAGAUAUUGAUACGAGGUAAACUCAAAAGUGAUGCAAGAGUGGUCUCUGUCAAUUUCUGCCUGCCACGACCUGCUCAGCUACCCGAUGACCAAACGCCUCCACAUAUCGCUUAUCAUUUCAAAACAAUUUUUCACGACGAUGGCAGUAGCGCCGUGAUUCACAACUGGAAAAAUUGUGUUUGGCAGGACGAAACUGUUGAAGAGAACUAUUGGAUGUUGGAUCGGAAUGAGAAGUUCACUCUGAUCUUCCGGUUUCAUGAGGAAGUAUUUAAAGUGUUUGCGGAAGACACCCAGCAUACUCCUGACUACGAAUUUGUCCAUCAGCUUCCAAUGGAAAAUAUUCUACAAAUCGAAAUAUGGGAUGACAUCGAGUAUAUCGAGGAAAUUGCAUUUAAAUACAAACGUACAGAUUAUUGAUCUCUGGAUAAUUCGACUGGAACAAAUCGAAAAUUUCCUAUUCGCUGUUGGAAAAAGAAAACACAUCUCGUGCAAGACAGGGAAUCAAUAUCAAUCGGAGCUACCGAACAUGUUUACUUUACCAUCACGGAUACCAAUUUCACAGCAGUCAUAUCGCAGCAAUAUACACGUGUUCUAGUCAUUAUAUACAGUCAAACCAAAUAACCAUGCAGGCGCUUUUUAAAGAAAACUCUCGAUCGGACUACGCAGUUUUAAAACAUGAUGCAGCUUAACCGUAAAAUGCUGGCAGCUAAAAUGUAGAUUGCAGCACAUACCAACCAUAUGCCUUUUGACAACAGUCAUUCAACCUUAACGCAUACUCGCACAAAGUGCUUUUAUUAUACUGUAUCUGUUGAAUGAAUGGAGGAUAUACAUUAACACAACUUUAGGGUGAUAACGAAUAAAAAUACAAUGAAACUUA